GUUUACCUACUACUAUGUCCGAGAUGCCGAGUCAGUCGAGAGCUGCCAGGCCUUCUGCAUAGGAGACGCCAACUGCGUGGGCAUCGAGUACAGCACCUCCAGGUGCGAGGUCUGGAUUCGCCCGGAGGGGGUCCAGGCCAGCAUUCAACUCGCUGGAUUUCGCUGCCAGCGACUCCUCCGCUGGGGCACCGGCUGCUCGAGCUCCGGUCCAAGCGCCGAGCCCCUCCGAGGCGAUCGCCUGGGCCCAGGCAACUUCUUCGUGGCGCUUCCAAGCCGCACAACUCUGUUCCUGACUUCCCUGGCACUGUCCCUGGCGCUCAUA